GGCAGCUGACACCAAGACCCCCACUCUCAGUUGCCGCCUUUCCAUUUGAAGUUUGGAAUGAUCUCAAAGGGAAGAGCGAAGCCUAAGCAAGGUUGACAGCAGGAAGGGGUGAGACUCAGCUGAUUUCUCUCUGCUGUUUUUGGUACAAGAACAAAGAACCAAAUCCCAGAUCCCUCCAACAUUUGCAAGAUGAUGGACAGGAGAAGAAAAAUUGCCCAGCAGCAUCUGGUGCAACCUGGGCAGGAACUCAUAAUCAAGCAAGAAAACAGAGAACUGAAAAUAGGAAUGGUCAGGCAUGGACUUCACAUGAAAGAAGUGUCAGAGGGGAGAAACCACGUCAAUGAAUGUCACCUCAGUAGACAUCAAAGAACACAUGCAGGAGAGAAAUUUUGUCCAUGUAUGGAAUGUGGAAAGAGCUUCCGUCACAGUAGUAACGUUAGGAAACAUGAAAGAAAUCAUAGUGGGGAGAAACUGUAUAAAUGCAUAGAAUGUGGAAAGAGCUUUAAUCAGGGUUCUGCCCUCUGUAUUCAUCAAAGAAUUCACACUGGGGAGAAACCACAUAAAUGCAUGGAAUGUGGAAAGAGCUUUAUUCGUAGUUGUCAUCUUAGGUCACAUGAAAGGACUCACUCUGGGGAGAAACCACAUAAAUGCAUGGAAUGUGGAAAGAGCUUUAGUGGCAGUGGUACCCUUAGGUUACAUCAAAGGACUCACUCUGGGGAGAAACCACAUAAAUGCAUGGAAUGUGGAAAGAGCUUUAGUGGCAUUGGUCACCUUAGGUUACAUCAAAGGAUUCACACUGGGGAGAAACCACAUAAAUGCAUGGAAUGUGGAAAGAGCUUUAGUGGCAGUGGUACCCUUAGGUUACAUCAAAGGACUCACACUGGGGAGAAACCACAUAAAUGCAUGGAAUGUGGAAAGAGCUUUAGUCAGAGUGGUCACCUUAGGUUACAUCAAAGGACUCAUACUGGGGAGAAACCACAUAAAUGCAUGGAAUGUGGAAAGAGCUUUAGUGGCAGUGGUACCCUUAGGUUACAUCAAAGGACUCACACUGGGGAGAAACCACAUAAAUGCAUAGUAUGUGGAAAGAGCUUUAUUGAGAGUGGUCACCUUAGGUCACAUCAAAGAACUCACACUGGGGAGAAACCACAUAAAUGCAUGGAAUGUGGAAAGAGCUUUAUUUGUAGUUCUCAUCUUAGGUCACAUGAAAGGACUCACACUGGGGAGAAACCACAUAAAUGCAUGGAAUGUGGAAAGGGCUUUAGCAGCAGUGGUACCUUUUGGUUACAUCAAAGGAUUCACACUGGGGAGAAACCAUAUAAAUGCAUGGAAUGUGGAAAGAGUUUUAGUCAUAGUGGUCACCUUAAGUUACAUCAAAGGACUCACAGUGGGGAAAAAACGUAUAAAUGCGUGGAAUGUGGAAAAAGCUUUAUAGGGAGUAGUGCCCUUAGGAGUCAUCAAAGAACUCACACUGGGCAGAAAUCACAUAAAUGCAUGGAAUGUGGAAAGAGCUUUAGUCAGAGUGGUCACCUUAGAUUACAUCAAAGGAGUCACACUGGGGAAAAACCACAUAAAUGCAUGGAAUGUGGAAAGAGCUUUAGUCAGAGUGGUCACCUUAGGGCACAUCAAAGAACUCACACUGGGGAGAAAUCAUAGAAAUGCACGGAAUGUGGUAAGAGCUUUAUUCACAGCUCCUUAUAUGUUAAGGCAUAAGGAGCUCAUUCGCUUUUGUCCUGGUUUCUAGUGGAAAGAAUAAGCAACCAAACACUGUCAUAAUGGAAAAAAGAGAAAAAAUGGAGUGCCUUUUGACAUACCAUUUGUUAUAUGUUUUUCUUCUAUCGUUAACAGAGAGAUACAGCGUUAUAGACGUUGAACCUUGUGCUUAAAAAAUGGGAAUAAAAAAAUUAUACAAUGGAAGCUUUUACAAAAUUCAUGUAAAAGAAAAAGAUGGAUGUUCUAAGUCUAACUGAUGUAAUAAAAACAAGUAGUGAGAGAAAAGCU